AUGAGCCUACAGCGCGCAGAAGGCGCCGCAGUGGCUCUCCUGAGGUCCUCAAACGCCUGGAGGAGAAGCGCCGUCUUGGCGACAGCGACAAGCCGAGCUGGCGCCUGGCGCAUUCUAAGCCGCAGCCUGAGCUCAACCAGAAGCAACAACAGCAGUAACGGUUCGACGAGACGACCGCCGGGCUCGAUCGACGAUGGAGACGACAUGCCGAAGCGAAAAAAGGCUGGAAAGCUACCGGACGAUGCCUCGGUGGCGGUUCUGGGCGGCGGGUUAACGGGCUUGACGACGGCAUAUUACCUGGCCAAGUGGCUGCCGUCGACGACCAAGAUCACUCUGCUGGAAGGCAGCGAUCGGCUGGGUGGAUGGAUAAGAACGGAUAGAGUGCCCGUCAAAAUUGGAGGAGUCGAAGGGGUGGUGAACUUCGAGCGCGGCCCGCGAUCGUUUUCAUCGUUGAAUAAGAGCACUUGGCGGUUUGACGAUUUGGUGCUUUGGGAUUUGGCCCUCGAUCUAGGUCUCAAAGUUGCCUCGCCGCCCGAUCAGCCACGAUACAUCUACUAUCCCGACCACCUCGUGCCUAUGCCCCCCCAUACGAGCGUUGCCGCCUUUGCUAGAGAGCCCGUCGUUCUCGAAUCCCUCUGGGCAGGAUUCGGAUACGUGAUGCGACGGCUAUUUAACAAAAAGGAAGGGGUGCCCGUGGAGGACCUCUCCAUCGCAGACUGGAUCUACCACAUCACGGGCAGUCGAGCUGUGGCCGAUAACCUGGCCUCGGCCAUGGUCCACGGCAUCUACGGCGGUGACAUUUACACCCUCAGCGCGCGGAGCGUCCUCGAUCGUUUCUACUGGGUUCACUACAUGCCGAAUCUGGGGCCUAAUAUGCGGCACAUGGCUGUUUCGGAACAGACCUUUAUGGAGACCAUGGCUGAGGAUCCUCAGCUCCGGAAGAUUGCCCGGCAGCCUAGGGGCGCGCUUUUGCAUUUUGGAGAAUCUGGCAUGGAGGCUUUGCCGAUUGCGUUGGCGGAUGCGCUCAAGGGCCAGGCUAAUGUUGAGAUCAAGCUCAAUGCGAAAGUCUCUGACCUGGAUUAUGACACGGAAACAAAGCAGAUUCAGAUAACAUCUGGUCAACACUCAGCCGCAUCAUCUGAGAAAUACCACAAAGUCAUCUCCACCCUCCCUUCUCAACACCUCGCCAGCAUCACCAACGGCAUCCCCAGCCUCAAAUCCUCCCACUCCGUCUCCAUCAUGACCGUCAACAUCUGGUACCCCCAGACAAAUCUCAAGCCCCCGGGCUUCGGCUAUCUCAUCCCCCUAUCCGUCCCACCUGAACAGAACCCAGAACGCGCCCUCGGCGUCUUCUUCGAUUCCGACGUCGGCGUCAAGGGCCCCAACGAGCCCGCCGGCACGAAACUCUUCGUCCUCCUCGGCGGACACUUUUACGACUCGAGCAAGCCUCAGACGGGCUCAAACGUGCCCAUCCCCACCGAGGAAGAGGCCAUCCAGCAGGCAAAGAGGGUUCUCGAGCGCCACCUUGGCAUCCCCCAGUCGACGCCUUGCUACGCCAUGGCCCGCCUCGCCAAGGACUGCAUCCCGCAGUACGACCGCGGCCACCUGGACAACAUGAUGGCCGCCGACGACGAAAUCCACGAGCACUUUGGCGGCAAGCUCGCCGUUGCGGGAGGGUCCUACACCAAGAUUGGCGCCAUGGGCGCGCUGCGCAACGGUUAUGAUAUUGCGAGGACGGUCGCCAAGGAGGACUGGCUCGCGACGGGGCUGGAGCAGAUGGAGUUCCCGACGCAGUUCUGCGGAGUGCCUACUGAGAGGAUUCCGGUGAGGAAGUUUAGACGGCUCAAGUAA